GCCACCCCGGGGCAGGCUGCACGCGUGCCCGGCGUCCCUCAGCACCCACACCGCACGGCACCCCCGGCACCGCCACCCUCCACACACACACAAUUAAAAAAAAACCUGCAGCCCCCGGUUUCUCUAGAGGAGGCAUAGAGAGAAGCAAAGGCAGGAUGGGACGAGCAGGGAGAAAGCUCCUGCUGCACCGGAGCCACCAGUCCUCGGGAGAGCGCGCCAGCCCCCGCCUGCCUGUGGACUGACUGCAAGACGCAGGGCCUGCCUCUCUGUCCUCUGAGACACAGCCUGCAGAUAGGGACAGCAGAGGAUGCCGCCGACACCUUCUCAGCUAAGAGGCGUGAACUCGCUGCACAGGUGGGCGGCCAGCCACCUGUUGAUGUUUCCCCAGUUUCAGGCCAGGCCAUCUGUGUUUGAAUCUGAGCAUCGCCGGCUGAAAAUUCAUCCCUCUUCGUGAAGGUUUCCUAGCAUCCUGGGCCACACAGACGAUGUGGGAUGGAGGUGCCAGAACUCAACUGCCCCGCCUCACCUGCCAGGGAGCAGCCAGCUCUUGCCCCUGGGACUCCAGGGGCCCCGGGUCAGCAGGCCUCACCACACCUGACUCUGGGCCCCAUCAUUCUGCCGCCAGAGCAGAGCCUGGCGCCCACGGUGUUCCUGAAGGCGCUGCCCAUCCCACUGUACCACACAGUGCCUCCCGGGGGUCUCCAGCCACGUGCCCCCCUGGUGACGGGCGGUGUGGAUGGGGGCAGCGUACCCUUCAUCCUCAGCCCCCUGCUGCAGCCUGAAGGCCCUGGCCCUGCCCAGGUCGGGAAGCCAGUGACCCCAACGGUCACCGUGAACAUCGUGGGCACUCUCCCUGUCCUGUCCCCGGGGCCCACGCUGGGCAGUCCGGGGAAGGCGCGUAAAGCGGGCAAGUACCUGUGCCCACACUGCGGCCGGGACUGCCUGAAACCCAGUGUGCUGGAGAAGCACGUUCGGUCCCACACCGGAGAGAGGCCCUUCCCGUGCGCCACCUGCGGCAUCGCCUUCAAGACCCAGAGCAACCUGUACAAGCACAGGCGCACCCAGACCCACCUCAACAACUCCCGGCUGUCUGUGGGCUCUGAUGGUGCAGGGGGCAGCCUCCUGGAGGAGGGCGACAAGGCCGCGGAGACCCCCGGAGCAGCCAGCAGCGGGGAUGGCGGGAGCGUUGGUGGGGGUGAUGGGGCUCGAUCAGAGAGACCCCUUUCUCCAGGUGUCCAGGGUUCCGGGCACUGCCUGGUGCCCCCCAUGCAUCUGCCCCCAAUUGCCAAGAACCUAGAUCUGAAGGCGGAAGCUCUUUUCUGUCCAGCGUCCACACUGGCUGACAGAGAGGCCCCUCUGGACGCUACCCACGCGGCUCCCGUUGGGAUCCCCCUGGCCAGCUCUCAGCGCGGGCGCAAGCCGCCGGAGCAGAAGUCUCCGACAGCGGGCAGGGCGUGCUCCCUGCAGGACACCCGGGCCUCGGAGAGCCGGCUGAGGAAGUGUGAGAGCACCGACUCGGGCUACCUGUCCCGCUCGGACAGCUCGGAGCAGCCACCGGCCCCAGGCAGCCCCCCCCACAGCCUGUCGGAUCACAGUGUGGAGUCUGAGAGGGAGGGCGCCUCACGGCCUGGGGGGGCCAGGGCUGAGCCGGGAGGGCAGGAGCCCAGCCUGGAGCUGGAGAAGCGGCAGCUGGAGGAACGCAUCGCCCGGCUCAUCUCCCACAACCAGGCCGUGGUGGACGAUCCCCAGCUGGACCACGUGCGGCCCCGCAAGACCGUCCUGUCCAAGCAGGGCAGCAUCGACCUGCCCGUGCCCUACACCUACAAGGACUCCUUCCACUUUGAGAUCCGGGCACUGGGGCCGGGACGCAGGAGGCACGGGCCCCUCUGCCCCGCCCGCUCCACCUGCGUGGCCUCUGACAGGGCGCGGCCCCUCCUCUUCCACUCUGUCCCCACUCAGCUCUCCACCACCGUGGAAUGCGUGCCCGUCACCAGGAGCCACUCGCUGCCCUUCGUUGAGGGCACCAGGAGGUGGCAGGAGCUGCUGGACCCCCAGGACACCCGUCCCGGGAGGCGGAGGCCUCUGAGCCCCAGGUCUGUCCCCACCCGCCUGGGGGAGGUCCCCGGCAGUCACCCCCGGGCCCUGGUCAGACAGGCUGCGGCAGUGGGGGGCGAGGGCGCAGCCCCUUCUCAGGACGGGAGGACCCCUGCUUGUGGGGACACUUCUGUGGGGGCCAGGCCAGGACCUGGGGAAAGUCCACCAGCCGCAGGAGGCUUCUUGGUGACCAAGCCCCCCAAGCAGAGGGAGCCAGUGGCCAGAGCAAGAGACGGUGAAGGGCCCGGGGCGGGCAGGGCCCCGGCACAUCCCGCCCUCAGCAGCCGGGAACCCCGGUGUCCGGGCAGCACGAACCUUGUGCUUCCUCCAAAUGGGAGGCUGGAGCUGGGGUGUCAGCUGCCCCCUGUCCCUGGUCCCCUCAAAGGUGGGGACCUAGAGGCUCCCAGGGUGGUUUUGCCAGACCCCAAGCUGGAAGGAGGCCCCAGGAGUGGAGGGGACACCCAGGGGCCCUGGCAGCAGGCCCUCGCGGUCCCGACACGGCCCAGCGGGAGCUCUGGGGAGCCCCAGCCUGCAGGGGACAAGCUGCCCUCGGAGAGGAAGAAGCUGCGGGUGGAGCAGCUGAGCUGCCCAGAGCAGCUGGGGUCUCUGGGAGUGAGAGACCAGGCCCCCGGGGGCCCAGCACAGGACAGCUCCCCACCCUCCUUGAACCAGGACAGUGACUCUGGGGACAGGCUGCACACGAGUGCCGACGGCAGGGGGGUCUCCGGUACAUCUUUCUCUGCGCCCUCGGUGGCCCUGCAACCGGCGGGGCCCGGGCACGAGGCGCCUAUGUGUGGUCCUGCAGCUGGAGCCCCCGGGGGGACAACCUCCCUGCCUGCCCAGCCUUCAGACACCACCUUUCCCCCCAAGUACCUGCUCAGGUUACCGCAGGGAGAGACCCCGCAGCCGCUGCCUGGUGCCCCAGGGCCGGAGCGCAGCCAGGACCCUCUCUGCAGGAGCGGGCUGCCCCAGGACCCAGCCUCCUCUGCUGGGCCAGGGCUGGGGACCCACCCAACCCCCCGCCUGGCCCCAGGUAGAGCCGACAACUUCGGGGAGGACUCCAGCUGGCCCAGGCUGUGGGGCAGGAGAAAGGGGGUACCAGGAGAAGAGAAAGGAGGUUUGGACACCAGCACCCCCGCGGCCGGGGAGUCUCUGGGCUGGAGUGUUGGGGCCCCCAGGGAGACAGCCUCUGCCCUGCCCUCCCCUCCUUGUGGCCCCGGGAGGAGUGAGACCCGAGAUGCUGGACAGCUCUGUGUGGGCAGCAUGUGGGCAAGGGCCAGGCCCUCUGGGGGUGUCCUGAGUCCCUGGACACUCAGCAGGGAAGUGGCGGGGCCUCCAGGGCCCCUGGCGGGGCACAGUCCCUGCUGCCCCCUCGAGCCCAGCUCAGUCCUCUCGGCCCCCCCCUUCCCCUCAUUGCGGGCCGAGCCCCGGCUCACCUGGUGCUGCUUGAGUGGCAGCCUGCCUCUGCCCACGGAGCAGAAGGAGAAGGCCACGUCCGCGUACUGGGCGCUGCACUGCCCUGGGAGCAGUGCCCCGGCCCAGGCUGCCGAUGUCCGGCCGGUGAGCAAGGCAGAGUCGGGACGACGGACUGGGACCAGCCCUGCAGGAGGAGGGGAGACGCAGCCAUGGAAGCUCUCCUGCCCAACAGCCCCAGGGAUGACAUCCGGGGACCCGGGGUCUGAGCCAGGCUGGACGAAGGGACCGCCUCGGAGGAGGGCGAAGAUGUGCCGGGGGAGCAGCAAGCAGAAAACACUGAGAAGGUACAGAGGGAUUUUCUUGCAGGGUCGAGUUCGACUCAGAGCGAGUAGACUACGCAAGCCUCUCUGGGUGCUGAGAAGAGACUGCCACCCUCCCCCACUCGAGGGGCUGGACCCACGCAGAACGCUGGGGCAGGCUUCUUCCGAAAUGGCAGGGCUAAGUCUGCAAGGGGAGUCAUCUUGUGCCACCUCAGCAUCACCUCUUGGUUGUGGGAACAGAGAGAAGGAGGAGAAGGCCUGGAGACCAACCUCAGGAGGCAGCUCUCCCAGCACAAGGCCAAGGGCUGUGAGGGACAGAGACACCUGGACCGUGCAGGAUAUCAUUCCCUCUGCCGGUGAGUGUGGUGACCAUUGUCCUCAGAACGCCGCAGUGGGGUCAGGACUGGCCCUGCCACCCGACUCCCGCAUGCACAUGGGUGACCACAGCCUUCUCUCCCGUGGCAAAGGUCUCGACCCGGGGUUGCCUGAGACUCAGCGGCUGCCUUCCCAGGAGCCAGUCUUGGCAAGUCCCAAACCACGUGCUUUCUCGGAUGCUCAGGAGCCUUUAGCCUUUGAGUCCAAAGGAAGCUCUCCCUGCCAUGACGCUGCUACCUCUGUGGCUGCCAUUGGUACUUCUCUGGGGACAGGAGGAGGUCACAUCACCCUGGGAGCUCCCAGUGCAGAGCCACAAGGCCCUGGCCGGGCUGCAGGGGAGACUCAGACACAGAGCUCCCCGGACAGCAAAGCUCUGGCCCAGGGCCUGUCUCCGUCACUCUGGCCAGGGAAGCCUUCACCGGGGCGAAGACUUUCAGGUUCGGUCCCAUCGAGGUCACCUGGGAAGGCUCAUCCUGACACGCCAACCUCAGGGCUAGGAUCAGCUAGUUCACAGCAAGAGGAAGGGAGGCCCGAGAUGCGCUGCCUCCCCGGGAGGCAGGAAGGAGGAGCUCACCCGCCGGGGUGUGCUUUAGAGUGCGGGCAAGUGCUGGCCCCCGGCCCUCCUGCAGGAAAGGACACUGAGGAAACUCCGGAAUCCAGACUAGUGGCUCUGAAGGAUGGUGUGGUUCCCUCAGCACCAGGGCAGCCUGAGGGUGCCCGGGAAGCCUCUUCGAAAACCAUCAAGAAGAGGAGUUUGGGAGGAAUGAGGAAGCAGACGCGAGUGGAGUUCAGCGACACCAGCAGCGACGACGAAGACCGGCUGGUGAUAGAGAUCUGACGCUCCCGGGCAGAGGGCGUCUGCGGUCGGACACUGGCCACGCUGCCGUGAAUGCCGUCUGCUAGCGGACGCCCGGGCCCUUGUCAUGAAGCACCUCAUGAUGGGGAAAGCCAUUUUGGGUUCUUUCCAAGUCAUCCCCAACCAACUCCAAACCCCUGACUCAGCCUCACCCUUUCCAGACCCCCUGGGCACACCCCGCUGGUGUCCACAGGUGCCAGGAAGGGCAAAGGUGGCCGUGACCGCUUGGCACACGCGACUGUGGCUGGACUCCCAGGUACGCUCUGCCUCAGUCCUCACUGCCUCCUCCGUAAAAUGGCACUAGCCACGGAAGCCACGUUUACCAACAAGUACACCCCACAGAGUCAAGGCAACGAUGUCCUCAUUAGCAACUGGGGGUAAGC